AUGUACGGGUUAAUUUUGGAAAACCUUAGUCAGUAUAUUAUUGUAGUAUACGGAGAGGAGAAAUGGGAAGAAAUUCGUAAGCUUGCUAAAGUUGAACAUGCCACCUUCAGUACACAUAAGGUCUAUCCUGACAGUUACAUCCCUAAAUUAGCAGGUAAAGCUUCAAAGGUUUUGAAAAUUUCCGAGAAAGAGUUUUUGGAGGGUAUGGGUGUUUUCUUUGUCUCGUUUGUGGGUCAGUAUGGGUAUGACCGUGUUUUGUCUGUACUGGGACGUCACAUGCGAGACUUCCUAAAUGGUCUGGACAACCUACACGAAUAUCUGAAGUUUAGCUACUCUCGCAUGAAGGCGCCAUCUUUCUUCUGUGAAAAUGAAUCUGCAACCGGGUUGACACUACACUAUCGAACCAAUCGGCGUGGUUUUUUAUGGUACACCGUUGGCCAGAUAAAGGAAGUAGGUCGCCAUUUUUACAAAACUGAUGUCCAGAUUGAUGUAAUCAAGGAGGAGACAGUUAUGAACACACUUCACAUCAACAUGAAGCUGACAUUCGACAACUCGGCUUUUAAGCUAGAGGAAAAACAUGAAACCGCCAAGAUUGAUAGAGCAAUGAUGCCGAUCCAGGCUUACUUGUUUCUUGAUAUAUUUCCAUUCUGUGUUGUGUUUGAUGAGAAAUUUGUGAUUAAAACUAUAGGAAACAGUCUGCAAAAUGUGUUACCAAAAUGUGUGGGAAAAAAAUUACUGGACAUUUUUGACAUCAGUAGACCCAUUAUCAGUGAUUUCACCUGGCGGACU